GUUUAACGAAAUUAGGGCUUGUUUUCUCCACCGCGUGCACGGUCUGAUCAUCUGCCCCCGAUGUUUCCGAGACACGGUAAAUUGCAGAAACAAAAAUCUGGUGUUCGUAGCAGUUUCUUGUGUUUUUUUGGUGAUCAUAUGGUUGCAGUUUCUCGAAUUAGUACAACCUUACACUCGGAAACUGCGUUUGCUUUAGUCAAUCAGUCAAUCAAAAAGUUAUAGAGCUCCAACUUGGAAUCUUCUCUCUCUCAUCAUAUAAGUUCAGAGAGUUGUAAACUACAUCUCCAUGGCAUUCUUUGCCACUGAACUAGAUUAUACUCUCUUUCAUCUCAGAAAGCAUUUAUCGGAUUUCUGUCCUGUUUCAUCAGAGCAAGGAGAUCAUUGAGUCUUCGUGUUGUUUGGGUUUUUUAUUUGAAACAAAUAUAAUUUGUCUGAUUUUGGUGUUGGGUAUUAUUUUAUACUCAUGGCAGUGGAUUUAGUCGGAGGGGGUACUUUUAGAGUAGCAUUUCAAAUGCUAUUUGAUGCUGUUAUAGCAGUGAAGAAGGAGACUACCAUGUUUAAAUCUAUGCUUGGAGAUAUCAAAUCCACACUGGACUCUUUACAGCCGGUGAUCAAAGAGAGAGAAAAAUAUGACUCAAAGGAGGGGCUAGAAAAUUUUGCAAUGCAGAUGGAGGAGGGGGUAAAGCUUGUUUACAAAUGCAGCAAGGUUGGUGUGUGGAGCUGGUGCAGAAAAUACAGAUACACCAGAAAGCUUGAUGAAUUGGAUAAAUGUCUUCAAAGACUAGUGGAGGUGUUGAAAGUGCAGGGCAUAAGGGAUGUCAAGGAGACCUUGGUUUCUUUGAGGAAUAUAGAGACGGUGCUGCAUCGAAUUGAAGGGAACUUGGUGAUGCAAAACCAACCUGAAAAAAUCAAUGGUUGGUCUUCAGUGCCUGAAUCUCCGCCGGUUACAGUUGGGUUGGAUGUGCCAUUGAAAGAAUUGAAGAUACAGCUUCUUAAGGAUGAUGUGUCAAUGCUUGUGCUGACUGCUGCUGGUGGAUGUGGGAAAACCACAUUGGCAAAAAAGUUUUGUCAAGAUCAGGAAGUUAAAGAUAAAUUCAAGAACAAUAUCUUCUUCGUCACUCUUUCAAAAAAGCCCAACUUGGACCUUGUUGUACAUGAGCUAUAUCAACGCAAGGGUUCCCAGGUGCCUGCUUUCGAAAAUGAAGUAACUGCAGUUUACUGGUUGCAACUAUUUCUGAAGGAAACAUCACAAAAUUCUGUACUGUUUGUCCUGGAUGAUGUUUGGUCAGGAUCAGAGUCCCUACUUGAGAAGUUUGAUGAAUUCAAAAUGACAAAUUACAAAGUUUUGGUCACAUCAAGAUUUGCAUUUCCAAGAUUUGGUUCUUCAUAUCGUUUGGAAUUCUUGAAUGAUGAAGAUGCAAUGGCUCUUUUUCAUCAUUCAGCAUUUUUGGAGGAUAAGAGCUCUUAUGCUCGGGAAGAUCUUUCGAGAAAGAUAGUAGAGCUAUGUAAGGGAUUUCCACUUGCGAUUACAGCUGUUGGAAGAUCACUUCGCGGCCAACCUAUAGAGAUCUGGCGAAAAAGAGUAAUGGAAUGGUCUAAAGGUUCUUCUAUACUUGCAUCAAACAAUGAUUUGCUUGCUUGCCUCAAAAGCAGCAUAGAUGCCUUGGAUAAAGAAAAGCCUACCCUCAAGGAAUGUUUCCUUGACCUUUGCUCAUUUCCUAAAGAUCAAAGGAUCUCUGCUGCCACCCUCAUAGAUAUGUGGGCAGAGUUAUAUGGCCUAGACGAACCUAAUCUGUCCAUUGCAAACCUCUACGAACUAACCACCCAGAGUUUAGCCAAUCUUAUAGCCACAAGGAAUGAGUGGGAGGCUGAUGGCUAUUACACUGAACACUUUGUUACUCAGCAUGAUAUGCUUAGAGAGUUGGCUAUCCAUCAGGCGAGCCAGGACCCAAUAGGACAGAGAAAAAGACUGAUUAUAGACAUACGUGGAGAUAAUCUUCCUAACUGGCUGACAGAGGCAAAGCAUCAGCCCAUGCAGGCUCGACUAUUAUCUAUCUUAACUGAUGGAGCCUUCUCAAAAAAAUGGCCAAACAUGCAACUACCAAAAGCAGAGGUUCUAGUUUUAAAUUUUGAAACAAACAGCUACGACUUACCCGAAUUUGUGAAGAAAAUGGAUAAAUUAAAGGUUCUAAUAGUCACAAAUUUCAGUUUCUUACCUGCUGAAUUAAAUAAUUUUCAACUACUUGGUUCAUCAUCAAAUCUGAAGAGAAUUAGAUUGGAACGCAUUUCAAUUCCUUCAAUAAGCAAGAACAUCAAACAGUUGGAAAGUGUACAGAAGAUAUCUUUGUUCAUGUGUAGCAUCGGUCAAGCUUUUGGUAAAGGUUCCAUCAACAUUUUAGAUGCAUUGCCAAAUCUAGGCGAAAUGGACAUAGAUUGUUGCCAUGAGCUGGUGGAGUUGCCUGUCGAGGUUUGUGAUCUCAUUCGCCUUAAGAAGCUUAGCAUCACUAACUGUCAUAACCUAUCCGCCUUGCCUGAAAAGAUCGGAAAGUUACUCAGUUUGGAAGUGUUGAGGCUUAGGUCUUGUACAGACUUGUUAGAGUUGCCAAGCUCGAUUAGGAACCUCAAAAAGUUAAAAUUUCUUGACAUAUCCUAUUGCUUUAGCAUUAAGCAGUUGCCUGAACACAUUGGUGAGAUUUGCAGUUUAAAAAAGCUCAACAUGAGACAAUGCUCAAGAUUGCAAGAUCUUCCUGCAUCAGUUUUGGACCUUGAGCAGUUGAAGGAUGUGAUAUGUGAUGAAGAGACAGAACUUUUAUGGGAACCCUUCUUACCCUUUCUCAAAAACAUACACAUAAAGGUGGUCAAAGAAGAUAACAACCUAAAUUGGCUCCACAAGCUUCGAUCUUGAUAUAAUAUUAUGAGGGAUGCUCCACCCUCCCAACAUCAUGACCGGCCAUUUGGCUCAAGGGGAAAUUUUCCAGAGCUAUGGAAGAUUAUAUGGAAGUCCAACCUGAUUCCCAAACUCAAGAAUUUUCUAUGGAGGAUGGUUAGAGGCUGUUUGCCGACUUUGGAGGGCUUAUUUAGGAGACACUUGGGAGCCAGCCCUUUAUGCCCUUUGUGUCCUGAGUGGCCGGAAUCAAAGGAGCAUUUGUUCUUAUUGUGUGACUGGGUGCAAUAUGUUUGGUUUGGUGGCCCAUUAAAUUACAGAGUUGACCGUCAAAGCAUAGCCUGUAUGGUAGAGUGGCUACUCAGUGUUUUGGGGAAUCAAAAUCAAAAUAAGCAAGAAAGGAUUGGGGAUUCUUGCUUUGAUUGCAUAUACAUGUUGGAUUAUCUGGUGCAGCUGGUGUGAUGCAGUUUUUGAAGGUAAGCCUGUACGCCCAAAUCAAUCUCUAGUGAGAAUUAGACAAAUGCUUGGGGAAUUCCACUUUGCGUCAAGCCCUGUGACUACUCCGCUGAUGGUGCGUGCUCCCUCUAGUGUAACAUCUGAGGAUACUCGGUCUCUGCCUCCCCAUAGAUGGUGCAAGGUUAACGUUGAUGCAAGUUGGGAUAAAGUCUCCGUGAAAUCUGGUUUGGGUGGUGUGGUUCGAUAUGAAGAUGGCAAUUUUUUGGGAGGUUAUGAAGGGUUUAGACUGACGGCCUCUGUGCUUGAGGCGGAGGCUCAUUCUGCGUUAAAAGGAAUUUCUUUGGCUGCUGAUUUGGGUGCCACUUGCAUCAUCAUUGAGACAGACUCGAAGGAGCUGGUUCAAAAUGUCAAUGGCGGAAUUGGCAGGAGUGUGUGGUCUAUUUAUCCUAUCCUUUUUGCUAUUAGAAAUCGUUGUAACCAGUUCAACUUCUGUAAUUGGCGGUGGAUCCCUCAUCGGUUAAAUGGUUUAGAUGAUUCAAUUGCGGCAAAUGCUAGGAGGGGGAUGCGCGAGGAAGUCUGGAUUCACAGACCCCCAUCAUCCCUGGUUUUUGAUCUGUAGGCGGAUGGAUUACCUUGUCCUCCAAGAUCGUAGGUUGUUGUUGGUUAGAGGCUGACGUGCAUCCUUUGGUGGCGUCCUAGUGGCUGGUCGUUUAACUGAGCUUCUUUGCUUGUUUUUUCUCUAGUCUGUUUGUUUUCCUUUCUCCUGGCUGUUUGGUUGAAGGAGGUGUUCCCGCCUUCCCUAUGGCUUCAUGCUGUACUGUUUUGUUUGCCUAUGUUUUAAUGAUAAUCUCUUUGCUAAAAAAAAAAAAAAAAAUGCUUCGAUCUUG